ACCAUGAUCGGGUACAGACAAAUAGUGACGUAGUUUAUUAUUUUUAACUAACAGUAAAACAUUACUGUUUAGCAAAAACACCCAAAUAUAAUUAUAAGUGUAGCAGCAAUGUCAGAUGAAGAGGUCCCGUCCACGUCUAGGGAUCCCGAAGGAGACAAGGACGAGAAAGAGGAUCCUCCUUUCCAGCUCAGUGCUCCUCCCAAAGCCACCAGCAAGGUAGAAACAGAAGCUGACCCAGAGUAUGAGGAGAAGAGGAAAGCAGAUCGAACCAACAGGUUUGAAUUCCUGUUAAAGCAGACAGAGCUCUUUGCCCACUUUAUUCAGCCAGCUGCACAGAAGACCCCCACAUCUCCCCUGAAAGUCAAGCUGGGACGGCCGCGCGUCAAGAAGGACGAGAAACAAAAUCUGCUCUCCGUUGGCGAGCCCCUCAAUUACCAUGGUGAUGUCAGAAAGGAAGAGGAGGCAGGACCAGAACAGAGUCAAUUAGUGGCAGGAUUACAUUUGGACAGUUACCGACACCGGCGUACAGAACAAGAGGAGGAUGAGGAGCUGCUGUCCGAGAGCAGAAAGACAGCCAAUGUCUGCGUGAGAUUUGAAGAAUCCCCUUCCUAUGUAAAAAAUGGAACGUUGAGAGACUAUCAAAUUAGAGGACUAAACUGGAUGAUUUCACUCUAUGAAAAUGGCAUUAAUGGAAUUCUGGCUGAUGAAAUGGGUCUGGGGAAGACUCUGCAGACCAUUGCAUUACUCGGCUAUCUCAAGCACUACAGAAACAUUCCUGGACCCCACAUGGUCCUGGUCCCGAAAUCCACUCUCCACAACUGGAUGAGCGAGUUCAAACGCUGGGUGCCCACCCUGCGAGCCGUUUGCCUCAUCGGAGACAAGGAUGCAAGAGCCGCCUUCAUCCGUGACGUCAUGGUGCCAGGGGAGUGGGACGUCUGUGUCACGUCGUAUGAGAUGGUCAUCAGAGAAAAGUCUGUCUUCAAGAAGUUCAAUUGGAGAUACCUGGUCAUAGACGAAGCGCACAGAAUAAAAAACGAGAAGUCGAAGCUGUCUGAAAUAGUUCGUGAGUUUAAGACGACUAACAGGCUGCUGCUCACCGGGACGCCGUUACAGAACAACCUUCACGAGUUGUGGUCCCUGCUCAACUUCCUCUUACCCGACGUCUUCAACUCUGCUAAUGAUUUUGACUCGUGGUUCGACACCAAUAACUGUCUUGGGGAUCAGAAGCUUGUCGAACGUCUGCAUGCUGUUCUAAGACCUUUCUUGCUGCGUCGCAUCAAAGCUGAAGUAGAGAAGAGCUUGCCACCGAAAAAAGAAGUGAAAAUUUACCUUGGCCUCAGCAAAAUGCAGAGAGAAUGGUACACUAAGAUACUGAUGAAGGACAUCGAUAUUCUGAAUUCCGCUGGGAAGAUGGAUAAAAUGCGACUGUUGAAUAUCCUGAUGCAGCUACGAAAGUGCUGCAACCACCCGUACCUGUUUGAUGGGGCCGAGCCUGGGCCUCCUUACACCACCGACACCCAUCUCGUCACCAACGGAGGCAAAAUGGUGGUGCUGGACAAACUGCUUCCCAAAAUGAAAGAGCAAGGUUCCAGAGUUCUGAUCUUCAGUCAGAUGACCCGGGUACUGGACAUUCUGGAAGAUUACUGCAUGUGGCGAGGGCAUGAGUACUGUCGCCUUGAUGGACAGACGCACCAUGAAGAAAGAGAGGAAGCAAUAGAAACCUUCAAUGCUCCGAACAGCUCAAAGUUCAUUUUUAUGCUGAGCACCAGAGCAGGAGGCCUUGGGAUUAACCUGGCAUCUGCAGAUGUUGUGAUUUUGUACGACUCUGAUUGGAAUCCACAAGUAGAUCUGCAAGCAAUGGACCGUGCUCAUCGUAUAGGUCAGAAGAAGGCAGUGCGAGUGUUCCGCCUCAUCACUGACAACACAGUGGAGGAGAGGAUUGUAGAGCGCGCAGAGAUGAAGCUGAGACUGGACUCCAUUGUAAUUCAGCAAGGGAGGUUAAUUGAUCAGCAGUCUAAUAAACUUGCAAAGGAUGAAAUGCUUCAGAUGAUCCGGCACGGUGCCACUCAUGUCUUUACCUCCAAGGACAGCGAGUUGACAGAUGAAGACAUCAAUUCAAUCCUGGAAAGGGGUGCAAAGAAGACCGCGGAAAUGAAUGAGCGUUUGGAAAAGCUGGGGGAGAGUUCUCUGAGAAACUUCACUGUCGAUACAGAAACUAGUCUGUACAACUUUGAGGGGGAGGACUACAGGGAAAAACAAAAGCUUAGUUUGAUGGAGUGGAUUGAACCACCGAAAAGAGAACGCAAGGCUAAUUACGCAGUGGAUGCGUAUUUCAGAGAGGCGCUCAGAGUCAGUGAACCCAGGGCCCCUAAGGCCCCCCGGCCCCCGAAGCAGCCAAACAUUCAAGAUUUCCAGUUUUUUCCACCACGCCUCUUUGAGUUGCUAGAGAAAGAAAUACUUUACUACAGGAAGACUAUAGGAUAUAAGGUUCCCAGGAACUCUGACCUUCCCAACGCCACUCAAGUCCAGAAAGAGGAACAGAGAAAGAUUGAUGAGGCCGAACCUUUAACACCAGAGGAGACAGAGGAGAAGGAAAAGCUACUUACCCAAGGUUUCACAAGCUGGAACAAGCGAGACUUCAAUCAGUUCAUAAAAGCAAAUGAGAAAUACGGCCGCGAUGAUAUUGAUAACAUUGCUCGUGAGGUGGAGGGGAAAACACCUGAGGAAGUCAUUGAAUAUUCAGCUGUUUUCUGGGAACGUUGCAAUGAGCUUCAGGACAUUGAGAAAAUAAUGGCACAGAUUGAGCGAGGGGAAGCCCGGAUUCAGAGGAGGAUCAGCAUCAAGAAAGCGCUGGAUGCAAAGAUUGCUAGGUACAAGGCUCCAUUUCACCAGCUGAGAAUACAGUAUGGAACCAACAAAGGGAAGAACUACACCGAGGAAGAGGACCGGUUUCUGAUCUGCAUGCUGCAUAAGAUGGGCUUUGAUAAAGAAAACGUCUACGAGGAACUCCGGCAGUGUGUUCGAAAUGCACCGCAGUUUAGAUUUGACUGGUUUAUCAAGUCCAGGACAGCAAUGGAACUGCAAAGACGCUGCAACACUCUCAUCUCUCUAAUUGAGAAGGAGAACAUGGAGAUCGAGGAGAAAGAGCGUGCAGAGAAGAAGAAGCGUGCGCCUAAAACAGCAGCGGCACAGAAAAGAAAGACAGAUGCCCCAGAUUCCUCAGUUCGAAAGGAAAAGAAAAUGAAAUCCUAACGUUGCCAACAGACUUAAAAACUGUCACCGAGCCGGCAGUAUUCGAGGAUCUACGUUUACUAUUAAUGUGAACUGCAAAUGUUAGUGGUGUCGUCUUAGUGCAUAGAAAAAAGACCUUGUGCCAUUUUGUACAUUUUAAUUUGCAACACUUCUGAUGCACUUUUCAUUUGUUUCUGCAUUCCAGAAUGGAUAGUUUUACUUCGUGACGUGCUUCUGUUCAAAUGUUUUUUGUUCUUGUUGAUUGUCUUGUUAAGCUAGCAUGCUGGGAUUUUAGAAUCUUUACAGUAUGGUUUUGAUAUGCUGCCUGUUUUUAAAUAAAACUAUGUUUUAAAACCAAAGGAUAGGGAACAUGUGGAAAAAAACAGUAUAUUGACCAGAUUCUUAGCAAGUUAAGUAUUGUUUAAAUAUACUUAAUUGACCAGUUAGGCUCUGCACAUAUUGUCAGCACUUUUUUUUUUUUUAAUU